AUGGCGGCCGCUGCAGGGAACCCCAUCCUGGGGCGCGACGACCAGGCCGAGAGGAAGGAGCGGCUCAGGAAGGAGAAGCACGACGAGUACGAGGCGUUCUUGCGGCGCAAGCAGGCGCAAGAGGCGGAGGGUCUGCGCGGGCGACACCGGCGGUCAGGAGUCGAGGACGACAUCGUCGUCAACCCGUGGCGCGUGGACGAGGCGGAGCUCGCGAAGAAGAUGGAGAAGGGCGCCCCCAUCCACGACGGAAGCCCGAAGCGCGGCGUCGGUCUCCGCUACAUGUUCGAGGGGCAGGACGCCGAGGACAGGCUCCGGGAGCAGGAGGCACGGCGCAAAGAGUACAGGGACGAGCUGGAGCGGCAGAUCCAGCAGCGCGAGGCGGCGCGUCGCCGCGACCAGGUCCGCACGCCCACGCCGUCCGGCGUGGCUGCGCUCGGCGGAGCGCCCUCGCCGCGCCGCCCCGCGCCCUCACAGGCGCCCUUCGCCGUCGACAACGACCGCCGCGCUCCACCCCGCGACCGCGCGCCGCCGCGCCGCGAGCCCUCGGUCCAGGCGGCCCCGCCGCCGCAGCCCGCGCCCGCGCCCCCCCAGCCCGACCCGUACUGGAGUCAGCCCAACGUGUACCAGUACCCCCCCAACGGACAGCCCGGGGCCGCGGCGGGCCAGCCCCCCGGCGCAGGACCGUACCCGUACCCCCCGCCGGUCUUCGUGCUCCCGCCGUACCCGUACCCCCCCCCGGGCGGCGGCGGCGGUGGGAGCGGGAGCGGUGGCGGGUACGGCGGCGGCGGGCGAGACAGCCCGCCCAACCUGCGCGCCAGCGCCGAGCGCGCGCUCCUGCGCGAGCUGCUGGCCGAGCGCGAGAGGAGCCUCGCGCGCUUCGGCGGCGGCGGCGACGGCCCGGCGCCCGACCUCGGCCGCGUGGCGCGCGGCGACGCGUUCCUAACGAGCCCCGGCGCCGGCGCGCGCCGACCGCCCCGGGCGCGGCCGGCCGGCCCAGAACGACGGCGGCGGCGGCGGCGGCGGCGGGAUGUUCGCGGCGUUGGGCGCGGCGGACAACGCGCAGUCGUCGCAGAAGUCCAAGAAGGAGCAGUAUGCGGAGGAGCUGCGGCAACAGAUGCGGGACCGGGAGGAGCGCGUGAAGCGCGAGAAGGCGGAGGCGGACCGGCGGGACCAGAAGGAGGAGGCGGAGGCGCAGGCGCGGGGCGGGUGGGGCCUCCUGCCGGCGCGCGACGCGUCCCCGGCGAAGCAGAAGGCGGCGUUUGCGCCCGGGCCCCCGCUGGACGGCGCGGGGCACCGGCGCGCGCACCAGCCGCCCGGCGGCGCGUCGUCGCUGGGCGUCGCGCAGCCCGGGGCGACGGACGGGCUCAACAUGCGGUUCAACACGGACAACGCGUACAAGACGGAGGCGGAGCUGCGGGCGCGCAAGGAGCAGCAGAACGACAUGAAGGCGGAGCUGAUGCAGCAGAUCGCGGAGAAGAAGGAGCGGGACGCGCGGGCGAAGCGGCAGGAGGCGGAGCGCGAGGCGGAGGAGAUCGCGCGGCUGGAGCGGGAGCAGGCGGAGCUGCGGCGCAAGCAGGAGGAGGAGGUCAAGGCCGAGAAGGCGAAGAAGAAGGAGGACGCGCAGGCGGCGGUGGAGGAGGCGUGGGCGAAGGCGCACGCGGCGGGGUCGGCGGGGAAGGCCGGGGCGCGGCGGCGGCGGGCGGCGGAGGCGGCGCGCGCGUCGCAGGAGGGCGGCGAGGGGCUGCGCGCCAGCGGCGGGGCGCCGCCGCGAGCCCCGCGAGCACGCUCGGCGCGCCGGGCGGCGCCGCGGACGCGCCGCCCGCGCGGACGCUGAGGACGCCGCUGCAGGAGCGCCUCGCGAGCGCGGCGAGCAGCGAGGGCCGCGAGGGCCUCGACGCGGCGGCGGGGGGCGGCGGGGGCACGCUGCGCGCGGACACGCUGAUGCUGGACGUCGGCGCGCCGCUGCGCACCGAGGGCCCCGGGCCGCGCACGCAGCAGGCGAUCGUGCAGGCCGCGGAGCGCGCGCGCAUGGAGGCCCAGACCGAGGUGGAGCGCCUGCGCAUCCAGAUGGAGCGGCAGCUGCGCGGGGCGAUCCAGAAGCAGGAGCAGGAGCUCGCGAUCCUGCGGGAGCGCGCGCUGCGGGCGGAGCUCGACGCGGAGCGCGGGCGGUCGGACGUGUUCGAGCUGCAGAUGGAGGUGCAGCGCAACAACCGCAUGCUCACGGACCCCGCCGCGCCGUUCGACCCGGAGAUGUUCCGCCCGCCGUCGGCCUACCGCGCGACGCCCGAGGCCGGCUCGCGCCCGGGCACGAUGGGCCAGUCCAUGGCCGCGGACUCGAUGUAUUUGUACCCGGGGGCCUCCAUCUCCGGGGCGCUGCCGCUGCGGGAGCUGCGGCGGAGCCGCGAGGCCGCGGCCGAGGCCGGCGCCGCGCGGCCGCCCGCGCGCGCGCCCCCGCGGACCGGCGGCGCGGCGCCGCCGAACGCGUCGGACAUGUCGCUGUCGGCGCUGGCGGGCAUCAUGAAGACGCGGCCGAUGUCGCGGGAGGGGUCGCCGCUGGACCUGGACGGGAUCUUCGCGCGGAACGAGGCCAAGGGGCAGGCGCUGGACGCGCUCGCGGGCAUCGCGGGCCGCGGGGAGGGUGUCGCGGGGAUGGCCCCGGAGGAGAUCGACCGAUUCCUGACGGAGUACGCGUCGGCGGGGAUGGCGGCGUACAAGGGCGGCGCGUCGCCGCAGCGCAGGGCCGCGCCGUCGCGCGGGGGCGCGCCGCGGCCGUCGCCGCCGGCCACGGGGAUGUCGAUGGAGGGGGCGUCCACGUGGAUCAAUUAG